GUUGGGAUGGCGAACAAGUACAAAAGCAAGGAAAACGCCACCAUUCUUCCCUCAAACUGAAACCAAAGCAUUCCACACAAAAUGGGUCAAGAAAUCAACCCCCAAACCAACGGCUUCCACCACCACCUAAACGGCGACCGCCCUGACCUCCUGGUCCUCCGCCCCGGCCUCCUCUUCAAGGUGUUCGAGCAGGAAUUCCUCGCCAAAUUCAACGUCCUCAAAGCCUUCGAGUCCCCUCUCCCCCUCGACAAGUACCUCCGCGACCACGCUCAGUCGGCUCGCGCCAUCCUCUGCGAGGCCAUCGUCACGCGGAUCACGGCCGACCUCCUCCUCCAGCUCCCGGCGCUCCAGCUCGUCGUCGCCGACGGCACCGGCGUCAACCACAUCGACCUCGCCGAGUGCCACCGCCGCGGCAUCUCCGUCACCAACACCGGCGACGUCUUCUCCGAGGACACCGCCGACUACGGCGUCGGCCUGCUCAUCGACGUCCUGCGCCGCAUCAGCCGCGCCGACGCCUUUGUCCGCCGCGGCUCCUGGCCCCUCACCCCCGAGUUCCCGGUCGGUCGCAAGGUAGGAGGCAAAAGAGUUGGAAUAGUAGGUUUGGGCAACAUCGGCACCAAAUUAGCAAAAAGGGUGGAGGCGUUCGGGUGCAAAGUCUCAUACAAUUCAAGAACCAAGAAGCAAUCGGCGCCCUACGAUUUCUAUCCGACGGUGGUGGACCUCGCAUCGCAAUCCGACAUCUUAAUAAUUUGUUGCUCGCUCACCGAUAAAACACGUCACAUCAUAAACGCGGAGGUGCUAAAUGCGCUAGGAAAGAAUGGCAUCCUGAUCAACAUAGGGCGAGGCCCCAUUGUUGAUGAGGAGACACUGGUCAAGUACUUGGUCGACGCCAAGAUCGCCGGCGCAGCCAUGGAUGUCUACGAGAAUGAGCCACGUGUCCCGUCGGAGCUCUUCGGGCUGGACAACGUGGUGUUGUCGCCUCAUCGCGGGGCCUUCACCGAGGAAGCCUUCUUCGACGCCUUCAAGAUUGUGAUGGGGAAUUUAGACGCCUUCUUCGCCAAUAAAUCUUUGCUCACUCCCCUUACUACUAAUGAAUGAUUCCUUUUCUAAAAAAAUUAAUUAUCAACAUUGUAUUUAAUUUUUGCCAGCUAUCAUCAUGUAGAUGCUAUUGCUUAAUUUGCUUUCAUUUUCUGUGAUUAGGUUUUGGGAAAAGUAUACUGGAUUUGGAAAGAAAAGUGACGAAAUAUCCUGUUUGAAUUUAUAUUCAUAAUGAAAAGCCUUAAAACUGGUACUAAUAUUUACUCCUAUAUUUCA